GCAGUGAGUCCUAUUGACACUUGACAGUGUGACUCAUGGGCUGCAUACAAUAUCAUCGUGUGCUCCUCGUUGAGAAAUUUUUCAAUAAUGACAAUACCAGUGAAUUGAUAAUUUCAUCCUUGAUUGAAAAGACAUCAGUUGAUAAAUUUUUUAAAUAAAUACAAUGGAAAAGGAAGAGUUGGUAGAAGCGGAGACAACUCAGGUGGACGAAGCGAAUGAAGGACGUAGUUUGAGUUUACAAGAAGAAAAAUUUUCAAAAUCGCAGCGAAGAAAUAAUUUUCCAUCGUACUCAAAUGAUAACGUCAACGUCAGAUUUAGGAGUCCAAAUUAUGUUGGAAAUAAUCCCUUCGACAGCCUUAUUGAAAUCGUCUCACAUCGACAAUUACACAGAAUUAAUAAUCAGGAAUUCCAGCCUGGUGCUACUAAUUUUAUAUCGGCUAAUUAUGAGAGCCUGGAUUACGACAUAUGCGAAAAUCAUCUGUUCCAAGAUGAAGAGAGAAAAAAAGGAUACAAAUACAUAGUAAGAAAAAAUUUCGCACGGUGGUUCAUUUUCUUAUUGAUUGGUAUAUUUACCGCUUUGAUAGCAUGCUUCGUGGAUAUAUCGAUCGAGGAGCUUUCCGAUAUUAAAUAUGGAGCAUUGAAGACAUAUGUUGAUAAUUCGGUGGAGAAUAAUCACCUAUGGCUGCCCUACUGCAUGUGGAUAAUUUUUAAUAUAGGUCCAUGCUUGAUCGGUGCCAUUUUAGUGACAUAUUUUGAACCUGUCGCUGGUGGAAGUGGAAUUCCUCAAGUAAAAUGUUAUCUCAAUGGUAUCAAAGUUCCCCGAGUGGUGAGGAUUAAAACUCUAACCGUGAAAAUCCUCGGUGUCAUAUCUACGGUGGUUGGAGGUCUCGCUGGUGGUAAGGAGGGACCAAUGAUUCAUGCUGGAGCAGUUGUCGCAGCUGGUAUAUCACAGGGAAAGAGUACAACCUUUAAGAAGGAUUUUAAGAUUUUUCAAUACUUCAGAGAAGAUCAUGAGAAACGAGACUUUGUUUCUGGAGGCGCAGCUGCCGGAGUUUCUGCUGCCUUCGGUGCUCCAAUUGGCGGAGUAUUGUUUAGUGCCGAAGAAGGGGCUAGCUUCUUCAACCAAAGUCUCACAUGGCGAACUUUUUUUGCCAGCAUGAUAUCGACCUUCACAUUGAAUAUUGUACUCAGCGCAUAUCAUGGCCAUCCAGGAGAACUUUCAUAUCCUGGCCUAUUGAAUCUCGGCAAAUUCGAAACUUUACCUUAUGAAGUGUAUGAAAUUCCACUUUUUAUGAUUGUGGGCACUGUUGGAGGACUCUUGGGAGCCUUGUGGAAUUAUCUAAACUACAAAAUUACGUGCGUCAGACUUAGAUAUAUCAAGGCAAAGGAAUGGAAAAUAGUUGAGGUGAUUGUCAUUGCUGUGAUAUCAGCAACCAUGGGAUUCCUAAUGAUUUAUUUUGUCAACGACUGCAAGCCCUUGGGCAAGGAUCCAACCAAGUAUCCUGUCCAGUUGUUUUGCAAGGAGGGGGAGUACAGUGCUGUGGCAGCCCUCUGGUUCCAAACACCAGAAAGUACCGUGAGAUCACUUUUCCAUGAUCCAAAGGGUUCACAUAAUGAUGCAACUUUGGCUGUCUUUGUUUGUUUAUACUUCAUCCUAGCUGUUUGCACUUUUGGCCUGUCAAUGUCAGGUGGUCUUUUCAUUCCAUCUCUCCUCAUUGGUUCAGCUUGGGGCAGACUCAUGGGAUCUGGAUUAGCCAAGGCUAUUCCUUCAUGUGUUUUCUUCGAGCCUAAAAAGUAUGCACUACUUGGUGCAGCUGCACAACUGGGUGGUGUCGUCAGAAUGACCAUAAGUUUGACUGCAAUUCUCAUUGAAGCAACACAGGGCAUUUCGUUCGGCCUUCCAGUAAUAAUCGUUCUGAUAAUGGCCAAGUGGGUUGGCGACUUCUUCAAUGAAGGUAUUUAUGACAUUCAUAUCCAAAUGGCAGGCAUUCCUCUCUUGCCCUGGGAGGCACCUCCACUGUCCAAUAAUAUUUAUGUCAGUGAGAUCAUGAGUCAUCCUGUGGUGACACUCAAAACCACUGAAAAUGUUGGGCGCAUUGUCGAACUUCUCAAGUGUGUUAAAUUCAAUGGGUUUCCUGUUGUUGAUCCACCAAGUUCUGAUCAGGAUGAAAUCCAUUGCUAUGGACGUUUUCGGGGACUUAUACUCCGGUCCCAACUCAUUGUUCUGUUGAAGAAUAAAAUAUUUAAUGAGUCUGAAUCGUGGGAUAUUCCCCUGAGUCUGAAAAUGUUUCGUAAUGAGUACCCCAGAUAUCCUGAGAUUAACCAAAUCGAGGUUACAGAAGAGGAAAAAACAUAUUCCAUUGAUUUACGGCCCUUCAUGAACCCUUCGCCGUACACUCUUCAACACUCCACAACACUACCGAGAGUAUUCAGACUAUUCAGAGGUCUAGGGCUUCGCCAUUUACCAGUGGUCAAUGACACACACGAGGUAAUCGGAAUGAUUACGAGAAUAGAUGUCGCAAGAUAUCGAAUUUGGAAACACCGAGGAAAGAUGGGAUUGGAUGAACUUCAAAUAACAGAUAAAAUAUAACAAUACAUAUAAUUAUUUUUUUUUAUCUCUUAACGAGUUCGAGAUAGAUUAACUUUAAAGACUCGGUGAAUUUUUAUUUGUAAGAUACAUUUUCUAUGGAUAAGCCAAAUGUAUUUCAACUGCCACUGACAAAAAUUUAUUUAUAUAAUUCAAUGAAGUAACAGGAUAAAAUGGAACACUUGAUUAUUUUGUUUCCCAAAAUUUCAUGAAAUGUUAGAAUGGAUGUUUCAUUUUGCCCUGUUCUUCCCAAGAAAAUCAGAAAUUAUGGAAAAAACCAUUUUUUAUAUAAUAACGAUUUUUCUACACGACGGUUAAUUAUUGACAAAUAAUUCCCAGCCAAGCCAAGACCAUAAUCUGAAGAAGAGACAGACUGGAACAAUGACCAGCGAUAGGAGAAAACAAUACUCAUAACUGGAGAGAUACAUUUCCUCGUUAAAUAAUUUUAAACCGAAAAUCUGCAACAUUCAGAGAAUAAAACCAUUAAUGUAUAAUCUUA